AACAUAAUUAAGUAACACGGCAGUGGCAAUCGUACUGCAGCCGCGGCACACCGUAUAUUUUGUGAUGUGAUGUUCACUCCAUAUUUACUGUACAUAUUUACUUGUUGAUUACACCGAGUUAUCACCAAAUAUUAUCAUAGCCAUGCCGUAUCAUCACGGUCAGGUCAUUACCGCAGCCGCGGUAACGGCGGGUGCCAUCGGCGGAGCAUAUUGUGCUUACCGGUGGUACCAGGAGUCCACCAAAACUAAGAUACCCGAGGAAUGGACCCAAGCCGGCACCCUCAAAAAUAUCUACGUAUACCCGAUUAAGUCUUGCGGCCCGGUCAUCAUGAACCAAGCCGAACUCUCCACUUUGGGGUUAAAGGACGGAUGGCUAAGAGACAGAUUUCUUAUGGUGGUAGACGAGAAGAACAACUUCGUGACCGCGCGGGCGUACCCCGAGUUGCUGCUGGUGCGGCCCUCCGUCAAAAGCUCCGUGCUGACCCUCACGCACUCUGAUAUGGAGCCUGUUCACGUCAAUUUAGCAGAGGUAGUCUCGAAUCAAAUUCGUAAAACAGCUCGGGUGUGGGGAGUGAUGGUGCCAGUGUACGACUGCGGUUGGGAGACUAGCGAGUGGUUCUCGAGGCUUUUGGAUAAGUCGUCCGGUAACUUCAGACUGGUCUACUACGCUUCACAAACGGGUCGCAGCUUGAGAGAAGGCACCAACAAGAUCUACAAAUUCACAGAUAAGGACACGGGCGCCUUACCCGACGAGGUGCCUUUCAACCUCAUCAACGACGCGUCCGUUGAAGACCUCAACACUAAACUGAAGGAGACGAAGGUGACGCACCGCAAUUUUAGACCUAACUUCGUGCUGGAAGGCGGGAAGGCCUACGACGAAGACAACUGGAAGUUCGUCAAGAUUGGCGACAACGUGUUUGAGAUUAUCAAACCGUGCUUUAGGUGCAUUUUGACUACAAUCGACCCAGAAACAGGAGUACGGGAUGCAAAGGCGGACCCUCUGGAAACACUGAAAACCUACCGGCAGAUGACAGAUCCAGCGGCGCGGCGUAGCGCGGGCAACUCUCCUCGGAUGGGCGUGCAGAUGGCGCUGCGGUCCGGGCCUGGCGGACUUGUAGCCCUUGGGGAUCCUAUCUAUGUGGCAUAGUAUAUGUAUACAGUCUACAGUCAAAAACACAGUUGAAGUCUAUCAAUAACAAAGUUGCUCCUAUCUCUGUGAUAAAAUCUAUGGUUCAACAUUCUUAUAUUUCUUACAGUGAAAUAUUCCUAUUGAAUAAAUUGUAUCUUACUUAUUUUGAACUUGGAACAUUACAUUCGUUGCAGGGUAUAAAUAAUAAUGUGAAUGGUAUUUUGUUUAUGAUUUUUCAAACAAAUACCAAACGCUGCCAAUCUUUAAUGUCAUUGAGACAAGUGAUAAUAACUUUUAUAAAAUUAUUUUUAUAACAAUAAAAUGCGAUGGUAAUG